UAUCACCAUCUUUAAUCCAUCUAAUUUCCCCUCAGCAUUUAACGCGGCUAUGAGUUUUGGCUUUUCGGCUUUGUCCGUCCCUACCUUCGUUUCCCUGCGUCUUCAUUACACAGCCAAAAGAGUGAUCUUCAGUCAAACUAUAUCUAGAAAAUAAUACAACCUUCAUUAUUAAGCUGCUCAAGAUAUCAAAGAGAGAUCAGAUACUGUUUCAAGGUUUUGUGGCUUUUGGAUCAUUUCUUCGGAGUCAAUCACUGAUUUGAAAUAUUUUUGAUAUUGAAUUGGCUAAGGCUUUGUUGAUGAUUGCUUUUCAAUUUGAAAUUUUAGCUAUCUCUAACUGUGUGCGCGCGUGAAUUUUGUGGAAGCAGAGGAUGAUUGUGCAAUGAAUGAGCUAUCGAGCAACCGGAUCUGAAGCUGGAAACGAGAAUAAAUGAGAGUUUUUGUUUGGAAGAAGAAGAGGAAACUGAAGUUUUUUGGUAUUGAUUAGAUGAUGAAGUUCUACAUAUCGGCGACGGGGAUUAAAAAACUGACUAUAUCGAGUUCCGCCGCUGUCACUAGCGGCAGAGGUGGCGUAGGAUUGCCGGUUGGUAUGAAAGGGAAGGGAUCGCCGCCGGUGACUCGCCGGAUAUCUCACCGGACGUUGUUAUUAACGGCCGUUUUGGUUGUCGGUUUACUUUUAUCCUUACUGUUUUUCAGAAUUACCUUUAUCAUGCUCGAAUCUGCCGCUUUUUGCUCUUACCCUAUCGGUUGUCUAGGAUGGAGGAUUUUCGGCGGGAGUGACUCAACUCUGCUCAGAGAAGAGUUGAUGCGGGCAUUGCUGGAAGCAACAAAUGAUGGUGACAAUGGAAUAGUAGGUAUAGAAAGUUCAACUACGUUACCAUCCUCAUUCAAUGAUCUUGUGAAGGACAUGACUUCAAAUGGACAAGACAUCAAGGCUUUUGCUUUCAAAACUAAAGCUAUGAUAAUGAAGAUGGAGCAAAUGGUAGAAUCAGCUAGGCAACGUGAGUCUAUUUUCUGGCAUUUAGCUUCUCACGGUGUACCAAAGGGCAUACAUUGUCUAUCCCUCAAGUUAGCUGAAGAAUAUGCUGAAAAUGCUGCUGCACGUUCUCGCUUGCCUUCCCCCCAAUAUGUCUCCCACCUCACUGACCCUUCCUUCCAUCAUGUAGUUCUUUUAACGGACAACGUACUUGCUGCAUCUGUCGUAGUUUCCUCGGCCAUUAAAAGCUCAAGUAUCCCAGAAAGAUUGGUGUUUCACAUAGUUACUGACAAGAAGACAUACACUGCGAUGCAUGCAUGGUUUGCUGUAAACUCUAUUAAUUCUGCUGUCCUGGAAGUAAGAGGAUUGCAUCAGUAUGAUUGGUCUCAUGAGGUGAAUAUCGGGAUUAAGGAGAUGAUAGAGAUUCAUCGAUUGAUCUGUAGUCACAAGCUUGACAGCAUGAAAAAGGAAAAUAUUGCGGACAACUAUGAACAUGAAAAAGAUUUACAGCAUCUACGGCCUAGCUGUACAUCCCUCUUGAAUCAUCUGCGCAUCUAUAUCCCCGAGCUUUUCCCAGAUCUGAACAAGAUUGUAUUUUUGGACGAUGAUACUGUAGUACAGCAUGAUUUAUCAUCUCUGUGGGAACUAGAUCUCAACGGGAAAGUUGUUGGUGCAGCUUUUGACUCAGGCUGUGGAGAUGACUGUUGCCCUGGAAGAAAGUACAAGGAUUACUUUAAUUUUACGAGUCCUAUUAUAUCAUCUAAGUUGGAUUAUGAUCGUUGCGGAUGGCUUUAUGGAAUGAAUGUCUUUGAUCUCCACGCUUGGAGGAAGACUAGCAUCACUGCAAUUUACCAUCACUGGCUUAAACUUAGCUUAAACUCUGGUUUUGAAUUGUGGAAUCCUGGAGCACUUCCACCCUCUCUAAUUGCUUUUGAGGGUCAUGUACACCGGAUUGAUCCUUCUUGGCACAUUGCUGGUUUAGGUUAUCGAUCCAUUAUGAAUGUCACAGAAUCUGUACUGGAAGAUGGAGCAGUUGUACAUUUCAGUGGACCAGCCAAGCCAUGGCUUGAGAUUGGGGCCCCUGAGAUACGAAGCUUGUGGAGCCGCCAUGUAAAUAUGUCAAAUGAAUUCAUUAGGAAAUGCGGAAUCAUGGAGUGAAUGAUUAAGGGGACAAAGUCUCACUCUCUGCAUGAAAUUCAUCAGAAUUUAGCCUUCAUAUAUAUUCUGAGUUGGAGGGAAGAAGGUAUAGCCUUCAGUCUCCAAUCAGACCACACUGUAGUCUCCCUGUAUAGAUUAGAAGCUAGCAGGCCAUAUAUUACUCAUACAAGAUGUUUGACAACCUUCGUGAUGCAAUAGGUUUAUAGGUGUAGGUAUUGUAAAAGUCUUUUUCCACAUUUCCUUAAAUAUAUAUCUAUAUAAUAAUAUCUUAAUUCUA